CACGUCAAAUCUUCCAACACAAUCCUCUGUUAUCCGCGCCCCAUACCCAGUACCGCUAUAUCUAUUAAACAGUUUUUCCCCACCGGAAACCUUCAUGUGCACGCAAAAGCGUCAUGAAUGAAAAUCAUUGUCUGAAUUCACAAAUCUGAACAUAAACCCCAGGACACGCUGCAAGCGUUGGGGCGGGAGGAGGUUUUUUUUUCCAGGGAUGGUUGUGGAUCUUGAUGGGGGUCGUAUGGAUCGGGCCGAGGACGGGGAUGUUAGGGGGAGUUGCAGGGACUUGCUGGGGCCAGAACAUAGACCAGACCCACCCAAAACCACCAUCACCUCUACCAGGUCUAGGGCCAGAACUGGCAGUGUCAACAAAAGGGAGCAAGUGUCUCAAAAUGGACUUCAGGCUCAGUCUGGACCCUCCCACUCUAACUCUGGCCUGUCUAAAGAGGCAGUGGUGGAGAAGAGGCAGGACACUGCUACGGCAACUACCAUAGCGAGAUCAGGGCUGGCCACUCCCAGACCACCACUCCGACGCCCCCUCAGCCUGGAGGUCACACCCCAAAGCUUCCGGAGGUCAGAGCCAGCAACAGACAGACGGGUCCUACAGCCUCCCUGGCGCAGCGGUGGCCCUUCACCCCCCGCCCGCAGCCUGACCAGCCCCAGCCUAGGCCCCGGGGGCUGGAUGCGCCGCAGCGAGAGCACCUGCACGGUUAACUCCUCUCUAGGUCUCCGGACCGCCAGAGGGCGCAUGCGACCGGCCACCUCUCUGCCCCAUAUUGCUCGGGGGGUGGGAACCAGCGCUCUGCCAUCGCCUUCCACCCCCCGUGGACCCUGCCUGCUGGUGGCCCUCCGGCCUGUUAACCUGGAUCAGGAGAAACAGGCAUUCUUCCAAUCUGACUACAAGUAUGAGCCACAGUUUGAGUACUCCCAGCCCGAGCCCAGCACAGUGCUGGAGAAGUACAAGGAGGGUUCAGGCCUCUUUCUUUCACAGGCUGUAGGGAUCAUGGAGUGUGUUCUGAGGAAGUUUGGCUCCUAUGAGAACUUUGAGGAGGUGACAGGAGGAAGUGUGCUACCCAAGAGUCGAGUCUGGGCAGCAGCUCGAAAGUACCUGCAGAAGGAGGGCUGUGUUGGAGAGGUGGUGGUGUGUCUGUCUGAGGAGCUGCUGUCUCAGGCUGUGAUGAUGGUGGAGAGUUGCCGGCCUACCCUGACCAUCAACCUGUCUGGGGCUCGGCAGCACUGGCUGGAGGGCAUGCUGAGGCAUGAGAUAGGCACACACUACUUGCGUGGCGUGAACAACAAUCUGCAGCCCUGGGGCACCUCGGUGGGUAGAAAGCAGUAUGGCCUCAAGCCAGCCAAUCCCACGGAGGAGGGCCUGGCGAGCUUGCACAGUGUGCUGCUGCGGAAGCAGCCGUACCUGUGGCGUGCGGCCCUGCUGUACUACACAGUGUACCACGCAGCUAAUAUGAGCUUCAGCCAGCUCUUUGGUCAUAUCGCCCGCUUUGUCCAGGACCCAGCAGUGCGUUGGGAGUACUGCCUGCGUGCCAAGAGGGGCCAGACGGACACUUCCCAACCAGGUUGCUUCAGUAAAGAUCAGGUUUACUUGGAUGGAAUCCUCAGGAUUCUCCGACAUCGGAGGAACAUCGACUUCAAGAUGUUAACCUCUCUGGGAAAGGUGUCCUAUGAAGAUGUGGAGAGGCUUCGUCACCAGGCGGUACUCCGUCGUACGAGAAUCCCUCACUUCAUGCAGGACCAAGAGCGUUAUCUCCAGCACCUGGACAACAUUGUGACAGUCAACGAAAUAGAUGAUGCCCAGCUGCAAGAAAUCCUACCAUGAUUUUCUACCAGGUUGGAGGUUACAUCCAUGAAACCAGGGAUUAUACAUGUACCACAGCAAUACCAUGUGUAAAACAUAGAACCUGUGGAACAUAUCGCCAGUUGGGACACUUUGAUUGAUACAGUAUUAUAAAUUACUUGAGUAUUGAUGCAAAGACAGUACAUGGGACUUGGAUUAUCAUAUCGUACAGGGGUUCAUACGACAGGUGGAUUAUUAUCUCCAUUCUCGAAUCAUGUACUCUGCCAGUAUCUAUGAAUCCUGUGAACAUCAACUUUUGUCCAAUGCAUGUCUGGACAACAUUUCCAACAAAGUAUUGCAAACACACCCCUUGCUUCCACAUGCCUUUACUCGCACCAUAAAGUUACCUCAAUACUGCAGUGCUAGGAUAUAAGACCUAGCAUCAACCUGUAUACAUUUCGGUGCACACUUACAUAUUUAAACCGCAUCUAACACUUGUGUGUUUUAGCCUUUGUAACUCAUGUACUGUAAUUAUGCAAGUAUUUAUUAUUUUAAGUUUGUUGUUUCAUUGUACAGAAAACAAAAUGAAUGUCUAUGGUAUUAGCUUUAUACUGUAUCUCCCUUUUUGCAGAGGGGUUAGUUUACGCCUUAGAUUUUUCAGCUUUGCAAAAGGGCACCAAGGAGCUCUCCAUAUAAGAACCCAGGGACAAAGUCAACUGAGACCUAGUGCCAAUGGACUCAACUUUACACAACUCUUAUAUUGUUGUGUUUUAUAAUCAGACCAUGAUUGUGUUACCGAGAGCGUCCUUGGUGGUCUUUGAUGUCAACGCUAAUGUGAUGUGAUCGCCCAAGCUUCCGUGGCAACCAACCUUUGAUCCUUAAGCCUAUAGAGACAGCUUAAGAUGAUGUGCUACCAUGGCUACCUUAAUACACGUUCAUGCCUGUCUGACAGGCUGCCAAAGCUGGCCAGUCACCAUAGCUUCCUCAUUACUUUGCAUGACAGGCAGGUGAGUGAUUGGCUGAGGAAAAUAAGGGGGAGGGGUGUUUGUGGGCGUGCCUUAGAUGGGUUUAGAACCCAUCUAUUUUAGCUAGCUAGGAUGUAUUUGUAGAUACUGCAUUUUAACCUUGGCAGUUUCGAGUCAGUUUUAGGGUGUUUGUUUAGUAGACCGGGCAAAGCCCCUGGUGACUCAAGAAUUGUUCUGUAAUGACAAUGAAUCAAAUUUUCAUUAUAUAACUUCUCAUGAAUUACCAGUCCAAACAAAUUGAUACAUCAAAUUAAAAAGUACAUCUUUUCAGUAUCUGUAUAUCUUAAGUUUGCCUUUGAAAUUAAAAUAUGUGAUUAUAAUAAUGAUCAGUAUUGCAGGUUUGUUUACAUUAGACACACUGGCAAUUUAGAAAUAAGUGGGCUGCUCCGCCUCCACAAAUUUUACCUGACUUUUGAAAAGUAAUUUGCCUGGGUUCAGUCUAAACAAACAUUUAUUUGUAUUGCACGAAUGUUGCACAUGUUCUGGAAAUAAUCUGAUAUUUCCAGGCUAUUUAUUAAAACAACACUCCACACUCAGUGCCAUCUUUGAUUCUGUCAAAAUUAAAUGUACUCUGGUCUUUUUAGACAUGUAUGUAAAAGUCCUACAGUUGAUAGCAAGCUUUAAGCUUUUUGGGCCCUUACUGCCACAGAACAUACUAUUGCCUCACCAUGUUCUGUACACAUGAAAAGGCAGACAGGAAGGUCUUUCUGGAGGCUUAUCCACUGAACUUACAUGGUUGUUCUCCAAACCAGAUGCUCAGUAGUGUAGUGGGCUCUGCCCCUUCAGUCUGUUUUUCUUCUGCUGCCUUUCUGGACAACGGCAAAUAAAGACAGGCCUGCGAAUGCCUUUGGGAUACUCUCCAAUAGAAGGAUAUGAAAAUGUAUAAUCAAUAACUAAUAGACUUAAAGGUGAGUAUUGAGAUUUCUCAAAGUUUUUGUUUUUCAAACCUUACUAAUUAACUACAUCAACCAUUUAUGUUAUGACAGGCCCCCUGUUUCAGUUGAUCUGUGACCAUUUGAUUGCUUUAUAUUUGGGAUAUAUUUUUACUGCUUGUCCAUGUUUCUGAAGUUCAUGCAAAGUACAUUCAGUACUGAAAUGAAUUUGACAGCAGUUCAAAAUGUCACAUGUUCAAAUUGCUUUUGUCUGCUAAAUAUACAUGAUUUAUUUAAAUGCUUGGUGAGUGUAAUGAAUGAAAUCCGAAUCAUCAGGCAUGGGAUCAUCUUUAAUUAACCUGGAUAUUCCAAGCUAGUUUGAAACAAUCCAGUAUUUUGUAAUCCAACCUUCUCACCCUAAAUCUAAACUCAGAAAGUUGUUUGUCCAUAUGCUCCUUCCUUAAUAAAUAAA